UUGUGUGUUUGCAAAUAUCGAACACGAUAAAGAAACUAUUGUUUUAUACUUUACAAAUAAUUUCGGAGUUUUGGAUAGAUUCCACAGAAUGGAUUUUGAGCACACCUCAUUAGUUAUAAGGAAUCUUGCUAAACUACAUGCAUUAUCGUUUGCAUUACAAAAAACUCAUCCCGAAGAUUUCGAAUUGAUACGUAGCUUGUGCGCAAAGGAUAUCCAAUACGCUGAUCCGGGAAGCAUACCAAAAUGUUUAAUCAGCUAUUUCAAGUCUUCCAUAAAUGUUAUCUCAAAUCCAGUAGCUAAAGCAAAGCUCGAAGAUAUUACUCCGUCUAUUUUAGCUUUGUUAAGUAAAUGCUCUGCACCGGCACCCAAUUACAGCACGAUUUGUCACGGAGAAUGUUGGAAUAAUAAUAUCCUGUUUAAAUACCAGAGACCAGUGGAUGUCCUGUUUGUUGAUUUCCAAUUGGUUCGCUAUGCGUCACCGGCCACGGACAUAUCUUACUUCCUUUAUAUGGCUACAGAUCCAAAAACUCUCUCUAAACAUUAUCAUCAAUUGAUAGAUAUAUAUUUUGGAACUCUGUCUGCUGUUUUAAGGCAAUGUGAUUUAAAUGUUGAGGAUGUUUAUCCGAGAAGCAUUUUUAUGAAACACUUAAAAGAUUACUCUGUACUAGGAUUGUUAGAAGCUUUAAUAUCUAUGAAAAUAAUAACAGCGGAAGCAGAGGAUGCCCUCAAAAUGAAAAGCAUGAAAUAUCACGCUGAAGAACCGUGUCAGUACGAAACGCAAAAUCAACCGUUAUCAGCCUGGCUGUCCAACGCGAAAAUGCAGCCAGUAUUCCUGCUAUCAUUCCACGUGGGCCUGAUUUGUAUAAAAGCUUAA